CAUCAGGCACACUGCGUAUAAAUCAUCCCCGCCAGCCGGGCGCGCUCUGUGGGCUCGGUAGCUGUGCCACGACACGGCUUAACCCACUUCUGUUCACCAUGCAGGAAUUCGUUUGCGCUAUCUCCUGCGUGCUGGUCCCCUUUCUUCUGGGCCCGGUAUCAGCCAUCCACGUGCAUGACCCUUUCCCGGCUAGCCUCGUCACCGUGGACAACUGGCGCCCACUUCCAGCAUUGGUCACUGUAGUUUCUGCGGCGCUGGAACCUGGAAACUGGACGCUCGAAGAGGAAUUCAAGGUCACACCGUCAUCGACUUCAUCAGGCACACUGCGUAUAAAUCAUCCCCGCCAGCCGGGCGCGCUCUGUGGGCUCGGUAGCUGUGCCACGACACGGCUUAACCCACUUCUGUUCACCAUGCAGAUUUUCGCGGCCAGCCUCUUCCUGCUGAUCAGUGCUCUAGGAUCGAGCUACAGCAACCUGAGCGUCCUGCAACUGGCGUCCUUCACGUACAGCCUGCAAGGCCUGCACAUGCUCUGCGUAGGACUCAUCAGCGAACAGUUCACUUACGUCAUUACAAAUACCAUAUACUAUGUCUGCUUCAACUAUGGCGCCGCGACUGUGUACCUGGUGUCUGCGAUAUUGGCCGUCUCCAUUGGGAUGAACCCUUUCAAGACAACGACGUCCUUGAUCAGCGUGGGAAUGUAUGCACAUGAUUGGAAUACGAAAGAGCGUGCACUGGCCUAUAAUGGAAGGGUUGCUGAGCAGCACGGGAACCAGGAGGACCCCAGAAACGCCGGACAGCAGGGCGACGGCGUCCGGGCCGAAGUAGUCGGCCACUAGCACGUGCUUCAUGGUCAUCAACGUAGCGAGAGCCACUGACGAUGCUGCUCGCAGCACCACGUGUGCUGCGCCUCUGGUCUCCGGCGUCAAGGCGAGAAAGGCGCCCAGCGCCACCACGUUGCCGGCCGCGAGAGCCGGUCGGCUCACCAGGCCCACAUCCGCGACUAGUGGCAGUAGGAUUCGUCCAACGAUCUCAGGCGCUGAAGCGUAGGUAACCGUCAACUCAGCGUGCGCCCGAGAUACGCCGCUGUCGAGGGCGUAGUCUACUAGAGUUGACAAGUGCACGGCGUUCACGUAGUCCAGCAACACGGAUCCCACGACGGCAGCAUAGAAGCUGGUCGUCAGAAGCUCUGGCGGUGUGCUUUGCAUAGUAUGCCGAAUCUUCGUAACUAAGCUGCGGUGAUUUUGGCGCUUUUCCUUAGGUGGUGGACUUGAAACCGGUGUUACGGUUGCCGUCGAGCCUCGCGUCAUCCACGGGGGCUCCUUGAGGACGAUUGAGAAUGCCGUGACGUGCAUAGUGAGCGCUGCGUAUAUGAGUAGUGUACCACGGAAACCAUACGUGGUCCUCAGGUAAGACAGCAACGCUGGGAACGCAAUGGCGCUGGUGGGGUCGGCCACAAACUUAAGACCGGUGGCGAUGCCACGGUACCUUUGGAAGUACUGCAUGAUUUCCACAAGGUUGCACAUCAAAACAAGUCCUGCUCCAAGCC